AUGGUAGAGCCUUUAUAUUUGGAACGCGUCUGGGAAAAGUUCGAGCGGUUCAAUGCGCCUGAACCGGGAAAGCCAAGAGAAAGGAACAGGGGUGAAACGCAAAGAGAACAAGGGCUAUGGACCAAUGAGGAUCCCGUCCCGCCUGGCCUCUCAACCUACACUGGACUUCAAUUCGUUUACUUUACCUUGAUGCCAUUUACCCUAAUGGCGCCCUUUCUCCCCGCCGAACUCAUCCUGCAUAUCCUUCAGCAUGUACCGGAUGUCCCCAGUCUCUUUUCAGCAAUCCUGACCUGCAAACACAUUUACGCAGUGUUCGAAGCCCAUAAAGAUCACAUCAUGGAAUCACUAUCCCAGAAUGAAUGGGGCGACACACAACUCUAUAGACAUGUGAAUGAGGGACUGAGGCCUAAUGUACCGUGGAGUGGGUGCAAAGGUGAAAGAGAGGCCCGCAGAGUCCUGACAGGUUUUCAUGGUCAACAUUAUCGAUUUCUCCAGAGAGACCACCAGAUGGUUCUUUGUGGCCAUAUGGCAACUGUUUCGAUCGACCAAUGCUGA